AUGGAGAGUAUUCAGACAUUGUCGAUCAUAUCUCGAAGUACUAGUGAUGGUCAUCAAACGGUCGAUGAUGAACAACCGAACGAUUUGAAAAUCGAACAUUUACAACGGCGACGAUCGAGUCGAUUUACCUCGCUUCGAUUUCUGCCCGAUUCGAUUUUAUUGGCAGUUUUUUCUUAUUUAACACCGCUUGACCUUAUCCGAUGUACUCGAGUAUGUCAUCGAUGGUAUCUUCUUGUCUCACGUCAUCAGCAACUUUGGCGACGUCUUUUUCUUCGUCCGGAGAGCACUUGUGGUUAUAUCGGUGCAAUUCAUGUCCGACAUGUGGAGCCAUUCAUUUCAGUACUCGGCACACGUUGUGGUUCGGCUUUGCUUUACAUUGAUCUGCCUGUCGAAUUGAUAACAGUUGAUGUUCUACGUGAACUAGCUAUACGUUGUCCAAAUCUACAAUAUUUAACAUUAGAUUUUUCCUCGGCUAUGCAAUUACAUGAUUUCAAUGAUUUAUAUGAGUUUCCGUGCAAUCUCAAACGUUUAUGCAUCUGUUUGUCCGAAGUGAUCUUUCUUGAGGCGUUUAUGCGUCGAAUCUACGGGUAUUUGUCCUCAUUACAAACAUUACAUAUUAUUGGGACCAUGGAGAAGCCGACGAUCUCAUCUCAGGAUGAUGUGAGCAAUUACGAAACGAUCAAUUUAGGUAAAAUCAAAGCAAGUGCACCAAAUCUGCGUGUCAUCAAUCUUUACGGCAUCGGUUUUAUCGACGAUAGUCAUGUCGAAGCCAUUGCAUCAGGCUGCAUUCAUCUUCAAUGUUUGGCGUUGAAUUAUUGCAUUCGAGUAUGUGGAACUAGUUUCAAAGCACUCAUGGCUCGGUGUAUUCAAGAUGCAGGAAUGCUUGCUGUUAAUUGGUCAUCAACUCAACUUAAAGAAUUGGAUCUUGCCUCGACCGAAUUGAGUGAAAAAGCUCUUUUAACGUUGUUUGCUGCCAUGCCUAAAUUUAUGUACCUAGCCGUUCCGUUCUGUGAUGGUUUUACAGAUAAAGUUUUGAAAGUUCUUGUCGAUCAUGGGAAACUCAAUGGCUGCCGUGCGCUGGAUUUUAGUAAUACAGUUAAUUUGAGCGCUGAAGCAAUGCAUCGACUAUUGACAACAUUGCCAAAUAUCACUCAACAUCUUGAAGCAUUGAGUUACACAGGCAAUGGCGCGAUUACUGAACAGUUCUGGAUUGAUACAAUUCGAUUUAUUCAUAAGCUUAAGAUACUGAUUGUCGGUACACCCUAUAGCUGGUUUAGAGAAAUGGCUCGUCGAAUACAUGUAGAUCAAAUAUUAGAUUCAUGUGCCAUGCAUUGUCCAGAUUUGCAGCGCUUGGAAAUUCAAUGGGAUUCCGAAACGGUUCGAUAUAGUGAGAAUUCAUCGAAAUUUAUCGAUCACCUUCGGAUAAAAUGUCCAAAGCUACUGUCGUUUGUUCUUCCGGAUGGUCCUUAUUAUGAAGGAACCAAGUCGAACUUUGAACGGGCUGAACGAUCUACCGUCGUGCGAACAACCAAUAUGUAUAAAACAAGUAUUAUCAGUGCAUUGCAUUUUUACAAUGAGUUGAGAUUUAAUUGA